AUGAAAAAUGAAAAGAAGCUGGUAGUUGGUAGUCCGAAUCAAAGAAAUUGGAGAGGGAUACUUAUAGCCCUACUCGUGAUCGUAGCUGUUCUAGCGCUCAUUGUAACAUCUGUGGUUCUAUUAACACCCCCUGAUGAAGGGCCCAGGGUUAAGGGUAGAAGGUUGAAGAUACAGGAUCUGCUAACGGAUGAACUGGUGCCUGUUAGAUGGAAUGGAACGUGGAUAUCUGGUGACGAAUUCGUGUACAGAGACUCGUGGGGUGGGAUCAGCCUGAUGUUCGCGGCGAACCAAACAACGAAGACAUUAAUGCCUAAUACUACUUUUAGAGUUCUAGAACCAGCUUCGUUUUCGCUGUCAGCGGACCGGCGUUUUUUACUUCUUGCGCACGCGCCGCGCAAGAUACACCAAUACUCCUACUUAGCGAGAUACACGGUCUAUGACAUUCUUACUACAGAGUCUUACCCACUCACGCCUUUACCAGAUGACGUUGGAGGAGGUGUAAUAACUGAGGGUCCCUACUUGAUCCUCGCGAUGUGGACACCAAAGGGUCAUGGUCUCAUCACUGUAAAAGACUACGACAUAUUCUAUCGACCAGCUCCAAGAUCUUCAACUGGGUAUAGAGUCACCGAUACUGGUAUUCCUGGCAGAAUUUUCAAUGGUGUACCUGAUUGGUUAUAUGAAGUUGAAAUUCUAAAAUCCCGGUCAGCAUUGUGGAUGUCGGCGGAUGGUCACAUGGUGCUAUAUGCGACAUUCAAUGACUCUCUCGUCCACGAACAAAAGUACCCCUGGUAUGGAGCGGCUUUAGAGACGGAUGACCCAGCUAAGACCUAUCCAGAAAUAAGAAGCGUGCGAUACCCAAAGCCCGGUACAAACAAUCCUGUGGUCAAACUAACGGUGGCGGACAUCGCAGAUCCCAAACACAUCCGGACGCGGCAUCUCACGCCACCCAAAAUUAUUCUUGAAGAAGGAGAUUACUACUUCACAAGCGCUCAAUGGGUUUCGUUGACUGAAGUAUGCGUGGUGUGGCUCACGCGGGUGCAGAACUUGUCGGUAGUGUCUGUUUGCAAAAGUCCCAUGUGGUACUGUCAAGAGGUGUACAGAAUAUUCUCCGGGACAGAAGGGUGGGUGGAAUCUGCACCAACACCCUUAUGGUCGUCUGGAGGCGGUGCCUUAGUGACCCUUGCGCCAGUACGUGAUGGACCGGCCGGACUCUUCCGUCAUGUAGUGCGAGCGGAACACAACUCACACGGUCCACGAGCUUUGCCUCUCACUCAUGGAAGCUUUGAUGUUGUAAAGCUUUUGGCAUGGGAUCAUGGAAAUCAACACAUCUACUAUUUAGGUAUACCAGAAGGAAAGCCAGGGCAGCAACAUUUAUACAGAGUGUCGUCAGAAGCACCCCGUCCCGGCACGCCUCAGAAAUUGCCAUACUGCGUUACAUGUAAUUCUCAACCAUCCCCAUCGAUUAAUCUGGAGUUCUACGGUAACUUGGCGUCAUCCGGUGACAGCGGAUGGGAUACAGAUUGGGAUGAAGAGUUGCCGGUCACUUCUCCCGCUCCCUCGAAGAAGAAGAAGAAAAAACAACCUGAAAAUAUACCACAAAAUCUGCCGUGCUUGUACCACGACGCCCACUUCAGUCCAUCAUCUACGUACUUCGUCCUGGAGUGCCUGGGGCCCGGGGUGCCGACGUCGAGCCUACACAAAAUAUCUUUACCAGAUCCACGGCUGUUGAUGCAUUUAGAAAACAAUACUGCAGUGAAGGAAAGGCUGUCAGUAAUAGCGUUGCCGACGCCUAGAACUUUCUCGGUACAACUAUCCAGUGGACAAGCGGCGAGGGUGAGGCUACUGUUGCCUCCUGGUCUAAGAGAGGAUGAAGUUACUAAAUAUCCUUUGGUUAUGAAGGUUAACGGUGCUCCCGGCACCCAGUUAGUGACAGAGCAGUGGUCACUAGACUGGGGGUCGCUCGCGGCAGGCGCGGGCGCUAUACUGGCGGCGGUGGACGCGCGCGGCGCGGGCGGGCGCGGGCUGGCCGCCCACCACACGCUGCACCGCCGCCUUGGUACUGUUGAGUUGAAGGACCAGCUAGAAGUUGCUGAAUAUCUCCGGGAUUCCCUCCACUUCAUAGACGCGCGUCGCGUGGCGGUGUGGGGCCGCGCGCACGGCGGCUUCCUCGCGACGCUCGCGCUCGCCAGCGACUUACGCGUGUUCCACUGCGGGAUUGCCAUCACGCCCAUUAUUAGGUGGCGAUAUUAUGCAUCAGCAUACUCAGAGCGCUACAUGGGAUUCCCCAACGCUACGGGGAACUACCGCGGGUAUGCAGACGCUGACGUCACAAAGCAAGCGGCCGCACUCAAUGACAAGAUGCUGCUUCUAGUACACGGCACUGCUGACGACAACGUGCACGUGCAGCAGACGAUGGCGUUAGCGAGGGCCCUCUCCGACCAGGGUAGCACUUUUAGACAGCAGAUUUACCCGGACGAAGGGCACAGCCUGUCCAACGUGCGCAAGCACCUGUACCGCACUAUGUCGGCGUUCCUCGACGACUGCUUCCGCAAGCAGGUGCCGCCCGAGACCAAGGCCGGCCUGCGGAACGGCGGCAACCUCGAC